UAAUAGAACAAACUACAUUUGUGGAAUGAAGGGAGAGAUAUCACUUCAGUAGAGACAGGAAUACCAGGCGAAAAGUGUGCUUCUGUACAACAGUUGAAGUAAUUCAUUAUGGUUGUGUUUCGGGCCGUAGGUUUCCUUGUUUUAAGCAUGAUAAUAUUCCAACAUAAACCGGUAUUUGGAAGCAAGAUUUUGGUCGCUGCUACCUCUGGAAUGUCCAGUCACAUGAUUUCUGCGUUGGAGAUUGCUAAGACUUUGUCCGCACGAGGAAAUAGAGUCUGGCUCAUUAUCGAAGAGGAGACCUACAACACAUACGUGCAUGGCCGUAUAGAAAUCCCCGAUCAGAUUAGAAACGUCUUCUUUAAGCUUAUGUCUGUGUCCCACAAGGACGGAGACAUUUACCUUCGGCGAUACAUUUUUAAGCAGUUACGGGACAGCCAGGCCAACUCGGCCCUGCAGUAUCGUACUGAAGCCGAGGAUCGCGAGAUGGAAAAGCGCCUCGGUGGCAAAAAGGUUGACGUCUUCAAAGCGUCGAGUUUCGUCAUCGACGACAUGCUUGGAAACAAGGAAGUUAUCGAGAAUCUAAAGACAGUAGGAUUUGACAUGAUAAUCGGUGAUGUGGUGUCUUUAUACCAUGUAUUUCUCAGCCAAGUUCUCAAGGUGCCGUGCAUUCAAUUUGGCUUGACCUCUAUGGUACCAUCGCAGCAUGACCGUUUUGCUUUCAACCCAAGUUAUUCAGCCUACAUGCCCGAACGUCUGAGCUCGCUCACCGAUGUCAUGACUUUCCGAGAACGCACAACAAACGCCCUCUUAUACUUGGUCACGGGCUACUUCUAUUAUCAUUACAUGCUGACACCAAUGGACGCUGUUUUGCGUAAGCGCAACAUCAGACCAGAUGCCAACUUUGGCCAGCUCCUCUCCGAAGCGGCCAUGUGGAUUUUCAACUCCGAUUUUGUGUUUGACUUCCCCCGACCCUUGAGUCCACACGUCAAGUUCGUCGGCGGUGUCCUUACGGGUCCUUCAAAAUCACUUGAUGAGGAGUGGCAGUCGUUUGUUGAUGGCGCCGGUGAACAUGGUUUUGUCAUUAUGGCAUUGGGCACUCUGAUAAGCGAUGAACUGACGGACCAACAAGCUGAGAGCAUCGCCUCAAGUCUAGCGCUGCUCCCCCAGAAGGUGGCCUGGAGUUACAGUGGAAAACUGCCCAAGACUCUAGGCAACAAUCGCAUGUCUGCGAUCGCCCGCGAUCGAGCUUCGCCAAUGACAGGGCUGGAAGAGGUGGCGUACUGGGUGGAGUAUGCCGUGCGACACGGUACAGAUCACCUCAAGCCGCGCGCUAUGCAACUAUCGUUCGUUCAGUACUACCUGCUGGAUGUUAUUGCAAUCACUGUCGUCAUGGUUACCAUCAUGUGCUUUUGUUUUGCAGUGUUCCGUAGAAAGAUGUUUAAAAACAAUUGACAACUUUUAUCUGGAAACAUUGCAAUAUUGCAACAUGCCGGAGGAUGAGAAACCUUGAGAGGUCGUAUAGGUGUAGUUUCCUGACGUCAGUCCUGUUUAGUUUUAUAGGAAAUCACAGACAUUUGGGCGGGAGGGGAGGACGGUUCCCCCUCCCCACUGGUCACACAUCCAAUUUUCCAAAAUUUCCAAUGACAUUUUUUAAACGAUGCUUUGGGCUCACAUCUCAAUCUCGCUCUUUCGUAAUUAAGCGUUCAUUGGUCACGAAAGCUGAACUUCGGCGCGGUAAAACAAUAUGAUUUGAGGGCUAGUUUUCCCAUGACCAAAAAAAAACCCCGUUACAUCUCGAAAAAGAAUAUUUUAUCAAGUUAUUGUAUGAACUGUUAUUCAUUUACUGUGAUUCAAGUAACUAUCGAUACCUAGGCAUGUAAAGCAUGAGAUAGUUUAUGUCUUCCGUCGCUGUGUAUUAUGCUGGUACCUAUAGGUAGAUAGAUAUGCAGGUAUUUGGGUGUAUCAUUCGCCACUUCGUCUGUCACCACUACGGUAUCUUUGAUUUUAUACGAAGAUUUAGCAUUUAAAUGCAUUAGAUCUGUUUAUUCUGGUUCUCUGUGUUAACGAUGAGAGACGUGAAUCAUCGACAAAUAAAUCCUGAGGACUAUGUCAUGAAA